AUAAAAUACAAGACUCCCAUAAACAAGCUCAGAUCGGUGCCAUGAAAGGGAAAAUUCCUCUCAGCCUCUCUAAUAAAUGAAAGAAACUAAGAGAAGAAAAGAAAAGAAAAAGGGUCGUCCAUUCAAUCUCCGGAGCAAUGGACGCUUCAGCGUUCCUACGGCGCAGCAAAUCUUGGCAUUACAAGGCGGGAUGACCUAUUAACGGCGCUCAGCAUCCGCUAGGAACGACAAGUAGGGUGUCAGAGUAUUUAUUACUCUUUCUCGCGCGCUCUUGUUUGUCGUCCUCUAUCCGUUUCCUUUGCCUAGACAGCCAACCCAAGACUCUCUUCCGCCAACACGACAAUCACGGCAGAAUGGGCCUCCUUCCACUCUUCCGUCUUCUUGCGCUUGCUGCCAUCGCGAGCAAGGCCGCCGCCGAGGUCGUUUACGGUUCCGAUUUUGGUGGCUAUGGCGCCCCUUUCAGUGGCCGUGUAGGCCCUUUCGAUGCCAACUCGACCGAGUGGCUUCAAGCCGUGGACGAGUCCAACUCAACCGGGCUCUUCCAUAUCCCGGGGUACGACGUCUCCAAGCCGUUCCCGGGCAAACCCAUGGAUGGCUGGACCUUCAGCGUCGCCGCCAUCGACGUGCCCACCGGCCGCGAGAGGCAUAUUUACUCGGAGCGUAUGGUGGGCUACAGCAUGACGCUCCGAGCUCCUGACAAGCUGAUCAAGGCCAACGCGGCCGGCACCAAAGCCGUCAGCGUGGACUCCAGCUGGGGCAUGUGUCUGUACAACUGGGAAACGCCGACGUUCAACAACCGAUCAUGGUACAACAACCCGGGGAACAAGCCUCUGGCGGAUGACGGCUCCUGCGUCGGAUUCCUCUCCGACGAAUGCAUCGCGGCGCUCGAGAAGGCGGCCUCAACUGGCUACUUCAUCGAGGACCUGCCCAUCGGCCCAUACGACUCGCGCCUCAGGUGCACGGACGUGAAGACGCCCGUCGAAUGCGGCGAGACCGUCGGCAACGUCACCGGCAGCCCGCUGAGGACGUUCCUCGGCGUGCCGAUCCAGUACCUGAACGGGUCGGUCACGCAGCAGGACGGCUGGGAGCUCACGGAAGACGACUACGGCGUCUCGACGCAGAACCUGACGGACAUGUGGGAUAACUUUGUGCUGAACUACUGGCCCGUCAUGACCGCCUUCGUGCCCAUGGGUGACGGCAGCUCGGUCGACAGCGACCCGACGCCGGGCUUCGCAAGGAUGAGCUGCAUCUCGCCUAAUGGUGCUGGCACGGGGAAGGCGUGGAGUUCUACGGGGACGCCUGCAAAUCUCGGGAAGAGUAGCGGCGAUGGCGGCAAGGGCGGGAGCAAGAAUGGCUCUGGAUUAGCUAGGACUCUUCCGGGGUUCACGACCUGGGUGGCUAUGGCACUGUCGGUUAUGUUUUUGGGAUGGAUUUAAGUUGAUGAGAUGCUGUGUUAGAUGCUGUGUUGAUUUGCAUAGAACUUGAUGGCGGCAGUUUGGGAACCAAAUGGAGGAAUCGGGGCUGCAUGUGUAUGUGUGUGUGUGUUGUAUUGCCAAGCUAUUCACUCUAGCUGACUAUUCUCAGCACAUAUACCCAUUUGACCCCUGUGUUGCCUAGGGAAAACCAUCCAUCACCUCUGCAUG